AUGGAAGGUCGGAGGAGAAUGUCGCAGAUGGGGGAGAUAAAGAAAGGGCCAUGGAAGGCUGAAGAGGACCAAGUUCUGAUUAACCACGUGAGGAAGCACGGGCCGAGGGACUGGAGCUCCAUUCGAUCCAAAGGCCUGUUGAGGCGCACCGGAAAAUCGUGCCGCCUCCGUUGGGUCAACAAGCUCCGACCCGACUUGAAAACUGGGGUGAAGUUUUCGGCCGAGGAGGAAAGAAUAGUGAUUGAACUGCAAGCCGAAUUUGGGAACAAAUGGGCAAGAAUCUCGACCUAUCUGCCGGGGAGAACAGACAACGAUGUGAAGAACUUUUGGAGCAGCAGGCAGAAGAGAUUAGCUAGAAUGCUCCACAACACUUCUAAUACUGUGCCAUCAUCAUCAUCAUCUUCGUCGUCCACCAAGCCUCGAAAGAACACAGCCGUUCGGUCCCAGCCCCCCAUUUCCUAUCUCAGCAUUCCUGCUCUAGAGGCCCCCAAGCUCAGUUCAUCACCAGAGGAACAACCGAUAGCGGCCAAGCCCCAACCUUGCCCGUCAUCAAGCAUAGCCAACUCAGAGAUGGCAAAAAUGGUGCCUUUUGCUUACCCGGACACACUCAUUUACGACCCGUUUCAUCUCGAUUAUGGCCAACCCGAAAAGAAACCGACAAUAAUCCCUGACCAACAACAGCCGCAUGAUCUUGCAUUCCUGCAAGUCCAGCCUGAAUUCCCUUUGCCGCUCGAGAGCCAAGAGGACAUCAUCACUCGGCUCGGGGAGCCCAAUUUUCUGGACGAGUUCGAGAACCCGUGCGGGCCCGUGAUGGGCCCAGACAUCAGCUGUUUCAUCGAUGGUUUCCCACCGAUCGACAUAUUUGAUCACAUACCGAGCCCUUCAGAGUGGUCGUGA